AUGAUACAACAGUCGGUACCUUCAACAACAGCAGCAGUCAACACUGUUCAAAGACAACGCAGUACUGCACCACCGGGUUCGACAGACAAGAAAACUUGCUGGAAUUUUGUUCGGUAUUGCCCUGUUCGCUGUCGAGAAUUUAAACGAUGGCAAUUUGAAUCAUUAUUCUUUUUCAUUUUCUUCUCUUUGGCUCCCCCCCUCUCUCUCUCUCUCUCUCUCUCUCUCUCUCUUCUCUCUCUCACACACUCACUUUCCUUUUUGCUUCCAUUCUUUCUUUACUCUCAUCCUUUUCGCCAUUUCUCUCUUCCUUCUUCCAAUUUUUUCAUUACCUCAUUUCUUGACUUUCCUUCCAUGUUUUCUUCUCAAUGUUUUCUUUUCCAUCCUUUUAUGUUCAUUCCCCGCAUUCUUUCAUUUAUCUUUUUUUUUAUUCUUUGCCUUCUUCUUUUUUAUGUUCUUUUGUUUUCUUUAUUAGCGUUUCUUAUUUUGUUUUCACACACACACUCUCUCUCUCUCUCUCUCUCUCUCUCUCUCUCUCUCUCUCUCUCUCUCUCUCUUUUACGGUUUCAAAAUUUCCCUUGA